UUUACCCAAAACAUACAAAAUGAACCCAGGUUAGCAGCGCCCAUUGGACAUUAAAGUAAGUUCGAGAACCCGAACCGCCUCAUCUUCUCCACUCUUCCCAUCGACAUCUAACUCUAGACUGCUCAUUAGCUUCUCCAUUGACAGAUUUUAGAAGGUUUUGAGGAAGCAGCAAGCAAUGGCCCCAAAAGUCGAGAAGAAAGGAGAUCCGAAGGCACAGGCCUUGAAAGCUGCUAAAGCAGUGAAAUCCGGUGUCACUUUUAAGAAGAAAGCAAAGAAGAUCCGAACAAAGGUUACAUUCCAUAGGCCAAAGACAUUGAAGAAGGACAGGAACCCUAAAUAUCCCCGCAUUAGUGCUCCACCGAGGAACAAGCUUGAUCAUUAUCAGAUCCUCAAGUUUCCCCUCACAACUGAAUCAGCAAUGAAGAAGAUUGAAGACAAUAACACUUUGGUUUUCAUUAUUGACAUUCGUGCUGACAAGAAGAAGAUAAAGGAUGCUGUAAAGAAGAUGUACGAUAUUCAAUCUAAGAAAGUAAACACCUUGAUCAGGCCUGAUGGCACGAAGAAGGCAUACGUUAGGUUGACACCUGAUUAUGAUGCCUUGGACGUGGCAAAUAAAAUCGGAAUUAUCUAAGCGUGUCGUCGUUCUGCAUCUAGCUACCUUGUUUCGAGCAUUUAAUUUUAUUUUGGUUCAAAAGAGUAAUUAUGCAGUGAGACUUCUGAACAUUGAGUUUUAGUUUUAGCUCUUAAAGAUUGUAGCCAUGCGUAACUCCAACUUGAUGAGUUUUCACUUUUAAUUGACUUGUUUUGACAUAUAUAUAUAUAUUGGUAAUGAUGAUUCAGUGCUCCAA